AUGCAGCUCACUUUCCUAACAGCACUCUCUGUUUCCUCAGAUGUAACACUGGAGUGUCUGGGCUUCCAGUGGGACCUUCAUCGCAUGUACUUAUUUAAAUCCCAGGUCCUUGCAGACCUUCUUACUUCAGCUGUGUCAGAGCAUGCCAUGUAUUGUAUGGACAACAAAACCAGAAAAGAAACCAGACGUUACAAACAGUGUCUACUAGGUGGACGGAAAGAUAAAGAACUCUGUGAAAAGAAGCAAAAAAUGCCCAAAAUUACCCUUGUCUUGAAUAUUAACAAUCCAGAUGUCACUCGAUAUGCCUUUGCUGUUGCACUCAAGAAUUUAUAUAACUCAGAAAUGGAAGUGAAUGAAGAAGACGUCCUGGGAAUCCUGGCUACUGCAGCACUACUAGAAUUCCCUAGCCUCUUCCAAAAGUGUGUGCAGGUCAUGAGAAGUAGCAUUUCCCCAGCAAAUGUCUGCAGCUAUUAUUCUGCUGGCUGCAAGUACAAGCAACCCUCCUUGAUCUCUGACUGUGAAAGGUGGAUAGAGGUGAACCUUGUCCCACAGCUGGGCUCUCAGAUUCACCUGCGGAAGCUGCCACUGGAACUACUACAGAAGGUGCUCAAAUCUUCAAGGUUAUUUACUUUCAGCGAAUUCCAUCUUUUGAGAAUUACACUCUGCUGGGUCUUUCUACAGCAAAACCCCAAAAUUCAGAUAAUUCCAUCUUACGAUACCGUCCUCACAUAUUUUAGCAGCUUACCCAAGAUAUGUUCCUUCCUGGAAAAGGAAAUAGGACAACGAUACAUAGCUAUUUUUCAAUCUCUUCGUUUACAUGGCAUCACUUCAAGUAAGCAUCUAGAAGAACUGUGGCAGAUUAACUUCCUUCCUUUGCCAUGGCUGACAAGGAUCUUGUCCGAUCAUUACUAUGCACUUGAGAAUGGUGGUGACAUGGCAUUCCAGAGAGACUUUAACACUGAGGCGGUGAGAUUUGGUCUGGUGCUUACACAGGAACCAAGAUACCAUGCAGAAAUAAUUUCCAUUUAUGGCUUCUUCUUUGAGAUAAAAGCAAUAAAACAUGAAGCUUCAGCAUACAGUUUUUACAUGCAAAGAGUCAGACAUGCAGAUCCAAUUAUAUCCUUUUUCACCGCCGAAUGCAGCCCUGUUAGCUUAAAGCAGGAGCGAGCUAUUAAGUAUGAAAUAAAAGCACAGUGCCAGAUAGAUGGGAAGUGGCAAGAAUCUGCUACAGACAGAGUUACACAAAGAUUUGGAGUUAAGAAGCCGUCUUGCAAAAGCAAGGUCUUGAAAGUGUAUGCACCAUCUGUUCCCAUCUAUGUGACAUUUUCUCUUCUUUUCCCAUCAUCAUUGGGAUAA